AUGUUACCUACCAAAUUACUUUCCCUUCUUUCUCUCCUCGGAGCUAGCUUGGCGAUUCCAUUAGAGCGAUCGAUCGAUAAGAGGGCUUUACCCAGAUUGGGUGGUGUCAACUUGGCUGGUUGUGAUUUCGGUAUGGAUACCAACGGAGGGUCUGGUACCACAUACUGUCCUGGAACCGAUCAAAUCUCUCAUUUCGUUUCUAAAGGAGCCAAUAUCUUCCGUCUUCCCGUUGGAUGGCAAUACCUCGUAGGCAACAACGCCGCUUCCACCUCGCUCGAUGCGACCUUCUUUGCGACUUACGAUAAUCUCGUCAAGACCGCUUUGGCCACCGGAUCAUACGUUAUGAUUGAUAUUCAUAAUUACGCUAGGUGGAACGGCCAGGUGAUCGGACAAGGUGGUCCAUCAGAUGCUAACUUCGCAAGUCUCUGGAGUCUUUUGGCGACCAAGUACAAAUCUGAAUCCAAAGUUAUAUUUGGGAUUAUGAACGAACCGCAUGAUAUUGAUAUUAACAAAUGGGCAACCACCGUCCAAACUGCCGUCAACGCCAUCCGAUCUGCAGGUGCAACUACCCAAUCAAUCGCUUUACCGGGAAAUCAAUGGACACAUCCCGAAGGCUGGACUUCAGGAUCAAACGAUCCUUUGCUUUCCAUUACUGAUCCGGCCGACUCAUCUGGCUCUUUGCUCAUCAUCGAUGCCCAUAAGUACUAUGAUGGUGAUGGAAGUGGUCAAAGCACUGAAUGCGUUACCAACGCCGUAGACGUUUAUACCGCCUUUCGAACUUGGCUCAAACAACAUAACAAGAAAGCUAUCAUUUCCGAGACUGGUGGUGGAAACACUGCUUCUUGUCAGACUGAUGUUGGACAAGCUCUCAGUUACAUUUCCCAGAAUACCGACGCUUUCAUCGGAUUCACCGUUUGGUCUGCCGGCUCUUUCGACUCUUCAUACGCUCUUUCAAUCACCCCUGUCAACGGUCAAGAUAACGAUCUGUUCGUCAAGGCUGUUCAACCUUAUCUCCCAGGUCAAUCGAGCAGCACCACGACUUCUUCAUCUACAUCGAAAGCCGCAUCUACAUCGAUCGUUGCUUCUACUUCGAAGAGUGUCUUUUCCUCUACCAGUAAAGCACCUACGAGUACGAGCAAAAUCGGCUCCUCAACUUAUUCCUUUGUCACCUCCAAAUCUUCUGCUUCAGCUGCUGCCACUUCAAAAACGGUCUCGACUUCGAAAGCAUCCGCUUCCUCCUCAAAAGCUUCCACAUUGACUGUGUUAUCAAGCUCCAGAGCACCCUCAUCCGCAUCUAUUGCCACUCCUUCGACCACCUCAUCAUCCGGAACCAACCUUCAGAAAUUUGCAGGUGCGUUAGGUGGUAUCGCGGCUCCAGCAGUAACUCAAUCAGGAAGUCGAUUUGUGACAAGUAAUCAAUCGUACAAUUUCGUGAUUGAUGCUCUUGACGCAUCAUGUUAUGUUCAACUGAAUAACUGUCAAAACGAAGCCAACAAGACCGGGAACAAAGGUGAUGUGACCGUUGGGAAUUGCAAUACUCAAGUUCAAAAUUGCUUGAAGGUCGCUUCGUCUUAG